AAUGUACUGAAUAAUUCUUUGGUGUUGACCAAUAACGACCGACGGCUGUAAUUUAGACCAAUAAGCACCAUUGAAUCACAGUGUCAUCUGUAUGGCGCACUUAUGCAAUCCGUUUAGUUAAGAAUGUUUUUAUUAUUAUUUCAUAAUGUAAAUAGUUUAAGAAUUAGUAUCGCGGUCGUUUUAAGUCAAUCAUCGGUACACAAGUCCGCUAGCUGUCUCCUAACAUUUCUAAAGCGCAGUCCUUGUUUUUCAGUUGUAAAUCAAAACAAUGACUUCAGCCUCUACCAAGGUUGGCGAGAUAUUUUCUGCAGCUGGAGCUGCAUUCACAAAAUUGGGAGAGCUAACCAUGCAGCUGCAUCCAGUGGGAGAUAAUAGUCCAGCAGGGGCACAAAUGAAAACAACAGUUAAGAGGAAGAUUUAUGAAGAUAGUGGAGCUCCUUUAUCCACUGACUCACCAAAGAAGAGUACCAAAAAGAUUCCGGUGUCUAUGGCUCCCCCAGCCCCACCUAAAGUAAUCGCUGUGCCAACCUCUCAGGUUGUGGUGACUGCGGGUUUACAGCGGCCAACCACAGGUCCAUCUAGCAUUAAAUCAUCAAAGACGGCAGAUGUCACUCUCAGUGCACUGAAUGACUCUGAUGCCAACAGCGAUCUGGUAGAUAUUGAGGGGUUGAGUGAUAGUUCCACAUCUAAAAAGCUCAAUUUUGAUCAAGCAGAUAGUCUAAAUCUCGACUCCAGUCUCAUCAUGAAUUCCAGCGACUUGCCAUUGUUAUCCCGUUGAAAUCUUCUGCACCAUACUAUCAGGAAAAGGAACUAAUCGUGUCACUUCAGUGCGGGGUUCAAGAAACUUGGCAUUUUUUAAUCUGGAGAAAGUUCUCUCUUUUUUCCAGGAAAAUACUUAUUUCUAAGUUAAUAGUGAAGCUAGGCAUAUUUUAUCAAUGUAGGACACAGUUUUGAAAGAUGCUAGCAAAUAUUGCUUAAUACAUAUUUCUGUUCUGAGUCCAAAAUGCAUAAUUUUAAAGUAAGUUACUGUAAAGGCAUUAUUGUGUACAUUUUUUCCCAACCAUUAUCAAUAAAGCAUUAUGACCAUUACGUUGUUUUUGGGGGGGAAGCUGGACAAAAACCUUGCAAUGCAUUGUUGAGUGUCAAAGCUUUGCUUGG